AUGGGCUGUUUUCUUUCUACGGCAACAAAGAAGUUCCCUAGGCAUGAAAAUCCUAUCUUCCUUGCUUCUCAAACACUAUUUAGUGUAAGUGAAGUUGAAGCAUUAUUUGAAUUGUUCAAGAAUAUUAGCAGUUCUGUGGUUGAUGAUGGGCUAAUAAGCAAGGAAGAGUUUCAGUUGGCUUUAUUCAAGAACAAAAAGGAAGAAAACCUUUUCUCACAUCGGAUUUUUGAUCUCUUUGAUGUAAAGCAAAAAGGAGUAAUUGAUUUUGGUGAUUUUGUUAGAGCGCUUGACGUUUUCCACCCAAAUGCCCCACAAGAAGUGAAGAUCGAUUUUUCAUUUAAGCUUUAUGAUAUGGACGGCACGGGGUUCAUCGAGCGACAAGAGGUUAAGGAAAUGUUGAUUGCACUUUUAGGUGAGUCUGCUAUAACGUUGGAUGAGGAGAUCGUUGAGAUAAUACUUGAUAAGACGUUUUUGGAGGCAGACUCAAAUCAGGAUGGAAAGAUUGACAAAUCUGAAUGGCAUGAGUUUGUGGGACGAAAUCCUUCAUUAUUAAAGAUAAUGACUCUUCCAUACCUAAGGGAUAUAACUACUACUUUCCCAAGCUUCGUAUUUCAUUCUGAAGUUGAUGAAGCUGCUACCCAACUAUGA